GCAUGAUAACUAAAUGUUUGGAAGCACAAGGGGAUAGAUGAUAUUGUGAAGUGUAAUGGAGGUUCUGGGCUGUGGUCACUCAGUCCCCAUUCCACUUUCUUCAUACAAACCUUCAUCAUCAUCUUCAUCUUCUUCAUCUCUGCCCACUCAUCAUCUACCCACAACACGCAGAACAAUAAUCUUCACAGCAGUGGCCUCCUAUCUUCAAUUCUCUCCAAAUUCCCCAAUUCUACCUGCAAUCGCCCAACAACUGGAUGAAACCCAGCUCGAAGAAGAUCGAGUUGUUCGUCUCUUUGAGGAAACAUCACCAUCUGUGGUUUUCAUCAAAGACCUUGAGAUCAUUAAUAACCCAAAAACUUCUGAUGAAGUUGUGAUGGUGGAUGAUGAGAAAGCCAAAGUUGAAGGCACAGGUUCAGGCUUUAUUUGGGACAAGUUUGGUCACAUUGUGACGAAUUAUCAUGUCGUUGAAAAGCUGGCUACGGAUCAACUCGGACGACAGAUUUGUAAGGUUUUUCUGGUUGACCGAUACGGUAACAGUUUAUCUAGAGAUGGAAAGAUUGUUGGUGUUGACCCGUCAAGUGAUUUGGCUGUUCUAAAGGUUGAUAUUGACGGGAUUGAAGUAAAGCCAGUAGAUAUAGGUAGUGCGCGUACGCUAAACGUGGGUCAGAGCUGCUAUGCUAUCGGGAAUCCUUAUGGAUAUGAGAACACAUUAACCACUGGGGUAGUCAGUGGGCUAGGUAGGGAGAUACCAUCACCGAAUGGAGGUGCCAUUAGAGGAGCCAUUCAAACAGAUGCCGCUAUUAAUUCAGGAAAUUCAGGUGGACCUUUGCUUGAUUCCCAUGGCCAUGUUAUCGGUGUUAAUACAGCAACUUUCACUCGAAAAGGGAGUGGGAUGUCGUCUGGCGUCAACUUUGCAAUACCGAUCGAUACUGUUGUGAAAACCGUACCGUACCUAAUUGUUUAUGGCACUUCUUACCGCGACAGGUUUUGACAGUUAGUCUACUCCAGAAGACUAACUAUUGUAUUCUGUAAUAUGAAAUCAUUUAUAAUAUUCUUCUGUCAAUAACAUAACAAAAUUUGUAUUGUAUCUAUUGUUUUUCUUUAUAUAUUCCACAUAAUAGAUCGAUAUGAACAUUAUGAGCUGUCCCGUAAUAAAACCAGUUGUUGCUGAGGAUUGAUAGUGUAUCAUCAAAUCAUCAAAUACAAAUUAAACAUCUCAAACACAUAUUAAAUUACUAGACCUGAAAACCAUUGGAUACAAAAACAGAGUUCAUUAACAUGAAUUCAGCAAUAUGUUCCUAUAAAUCUUUUGGAAAAAAAAAAAAAAAAAAAA